UCGCGCGCUUGGGCAUCUCCAGCCGGUCUUUUCCCGCCACGCAGCUCCAACUGGCCUCAGCUGGGGCGCGAGACCUGGCGGCGCUGAGCCGAGGACUCUCGUGCCUUGGCCUCCGGGCUGCUCCGGAGAAAGCGCAGUCAUCCCAGGUGAAGCCGGUGCCAGACCGCGGUCCCGAAACGCCGGCCGCCAGAGCGCACCCUUUUUGCAACCUCGGCUGCCGCGUGUUUUCCCCGCUUGCAGCGCAGUGCGCGGGGAGAGUGGGGUCCACCGCGGGGAAAGGGGCGAGCGGAACCCCGAUGAUGGACGGAAAGACCUGGCGCGUGGGCUUUGGCUGCCUCCUCCUUCUGGCCCUCGUGGGGUCUACCCGGAGCGAAGGCGGGCGGAGCUGCCAAGAAGUUCGGAAACUUUUCCAGUGGCGGCAUCUGGGGGCUGUCAAGGGGCUGCCCGAUUCGCCGCGGGCAGGACCUGACCUUCAGGUUUGCGUAUCCAGAAACCCCACAUGUUGUACCAAGAAGAUGGAGGAACGUUAUCAGAUUGCAGCUCGCCAAGAUACGCAGCAGGUGCUUCAAACAUCCAGCUCUACGUUAAAGUUUCUAAUAUCUCGAAAUGCAGCCGCUUUUCAAGAAACGCUUGAAACUCUCAUCAGACAAGCAGAAAAUUACACUAGUAUACUUUUUUGCAACACCUACAGGAACAUGGCCUUAGAAGCUGCUGCUUCAGUUCAGGAGUUCUUCACCGAUGUAGGCCUCUUUUUAUUCGGUGCAGAUGUUAAUCCUGAAGAAUUUGUGAACAGAUUCUUUGACAGUCUUUUCCCUCUGGUUUACAACCAUCUGAUUAACCCUGGCGUGACUGGCAGUUCCGUGGAGUAUUCAGAAUGCAUCCGUAUGGCCCGCCAGGACAUUAGCCCAUUUGGUAACAUUCCCAAAAGAGUAAUGGGGCAGAUGGGAAGGUCACUGCUGCCCAGCCGCACAUUCCUGCAGGCACUCAAUCUAGGCAUUGAAGUCAUCAAUACCACAGACCAUCUGCAGUUCUCCAAAGAGUGCAGCCGAGCCCUUCUGAAAAUGCAGUACUGCCCUCACUGCCAGGGCCUGACUCUCAGUAAGCCUUGUAUGGGGUACUGCCUCAAUGUCAUGAGAGGCUGCUUGGCGCACAUGGCAGAGCUUAAUCCACACUGGCAUGCAUACAUCCGGUCAUUGGAAGAGCUAUCAGACGCGAUGCACGGAACGUAUGACAUUGAACACGUGCUCCUGAACUUCCACUUGCUUGUCAGUGAUGCUGUAAUGCAUGCUCACCUCAACGGGCAGAAAUUGUCUGAACAGGUAAACAAGAUUUGUGGCCAUCCAGUGAGAAAACCGACACAAAGCCCCCAUUGUUCUUUUGACUGGAGCAAAGAGAAGCAUGGAAUGAAGAUCCCUGUAAGAAACGGUGAAGAGACACUUGCCAACAGAAGAAAAGAAUUUAUCAACAGCCUUCGACUGUUCAGGACAUUCUAUGGAGGCCUGGCAGAUCAGCUUUGUGUUAAUGAAUUAGCUGCUGCUGACGGACUACCCUGCUGGAACGGAGAAGAUAUAGUGAAAAGUUAUACUCAGCGUGUGGCUGGAAAUGGAAUCAAAGCCCAGUCUGGAAAUCCUGAAGUGAAAGUCAAAGGAACUGAUCCUGUGAUUAAUCAGAUUAUUGAUAAACUGAAGCACAUUAUCCAGUUGUUACAGGGUAGGUCAACACCCAAACCUGAAAAGUGGGAGCUUCUCCAGCCGGGCAGCGGUGGUGGCAUGGUUGAACAAGUCAGCGGAGACUGUGAUGAUGAAGAUGGCUGUGGGGGAUCAGGAAGUGGAGAAGUCAAGAGGACGCUGAAAAUCACAGACUGUAAGUCUAUGAUUCUAAUACUAAUUUUAAAGUGUUGAUUGUAAAAUAUAAUUAAGGACAAUUAUCAUGGUGUAAAGAAAUAAUGACAAUGAAUUCAGAAGCAGGCAAGAGGAACUGGAAAAGGCAAAGAACUUACUUUUAGAUACUCAAGAUGUGCAUUUAUGUGUUUUUUUGUUUGUUUUUAUCUAAUGGCUUUAAGUGGAAAUGUCACUUUUCACUGUAAAAAACUGAGAUCUUUACUUCUGAGAGAAUGGUCUGAGAAUGAUAAAGUCUUUAAAAAGGGAUAAUUCUUAGGGCAUGAGAAUAACUAGUACUGUGAGUACUCAGUGUGUAUUGAUAAAUAAUGUGAAAUCAAGAUGGAUAAGUCCUAUGAAAUAAUCAGUUCUGUAUUUUUUUAUAUUAUCAUGCCAUUGUGUAAAGAAGAUUGUAGUUUAUAAAAUUUUUAUCGUAGUCAAAUUGAAAAGGAAUUGGUUAAAUAUGUAUGUUGUUAAUUAUGGUGAAAAACUAUGCUUGAAUUUAUCUCUUAAGAAUCUGCUUUUCCAAAAAAAUUUCACCUAUUAAUCAGGUACAUUUGAUUGUGUGAUCUUGAAAAGCUUCUCUGGCAUUGCUGAACUAGUCACUACCCCAGAAAACAGAAAGGCCAAAUAACAACAAAAAAUCACAAAAUGGAUUUCUUUCCUUGUCUUCACAUACAAGAUGAGGAAUACAGGUUCUCCAGCCUCCACUGCUAUGUGCAUGUAUUUACUUACAGGGGAAGGAGAACCAACCUAUCAGUUGAGAAGGGAGUGUGAGAAUUCGCUAUAUAUCCAGAACAGCUGGCUUUAAAUUUUAUUUAGCUGAGGCUGUUCAAAGGUUAAAGUAAUCUUCUGGAACCCUGGCUGACCUAGUAUUAGCAGGGUGGUCUGAUAAUCUCCCUCUAAAUCACACAAGGCUCCUUUGGACCUAUUUGAUGUGCCCAUUUAUGAGUUUGGUGGAAGAAGAAUUUGUUUACUUUUCAGCUGUCUUGUAGUGAAUGAAAACUGCUACAAAUUGAUGCCUCAAGCAGCAAUACCUCACUUUUUCUAGGACCCAGUUUGAUAAGGCAAAUGUAUUAGUUAAAGGGACGGAAGCCAAAAGAGAUGAAAAAAUUAACAUAAAGUAUAUUUUUACAUUGAGACAGAAUAAUAACUUUUAUUUAACAUAAAGGGUAAAUAGAUGGGAAUUAAUUUCUGGAGCAACAAUUGAACAAAGAGCCACAGAAAUCAUUGAUGUAAUAAAACAAUAUCCUAAUGCAAAUUAAAUAUCCUUUAGUCUUAUUUUUUUUUUUUUACUCUUAUAAACCAAAAAAAAAACCAAGGUGUCAAGUAGAUUCUGACUCGUAGUGACCUUGUAGAACAGAGUAGAACUGUCCGAUAGUUUCCAAGGAGCACCUGGUGGAUUUGAGAACUGCUGACCUUUUAGUUAGCAGCC